AUGGGACUAAUUGUUUUGCUGCCGGUAAACGUAUCAACAAAAGUGGGUGUCGAGUUGUCCCAAACAGUUUUCAAGUUGAAGUUCUCUUUGGACGAAUACAAAGGCAAGGACGGUAACCACUUCAAGGUGGUAGAUGCGACUCUGAAAAUUGUAGCAAAGAAUAUGAAGGUAAAUUACAAAAAUCUCUUCAAGAACAAGCUGGUCGACAAGGCGAUGUGUGAAGACUUUAAUACGAACUGGCAAGAUAUCUUGGAAUACUGGCAAAAGGUUGUGCCGAAAGUGUACGCAGAACCGUUUGGAGACAUAUUCAGUAUUCUUUUGGAAAAAGUGCCAGUGAAGAACUUGGUAGAUGGGGUUGAGUAG